GUAUAGACAAAUGCAGCUUGGCACAGAAAGCAAAGUAGCUGAACUUCUUCACCAAAGUAAGUUAAAGUCCUUUGAAAGUGAACAUGUGCAACUCAUGCAACAAGAAACAGCUAAGAAUCUUUCACAGUGCCAAAUGGAAUGUGAGAAAUACCAGAGAAAGCUGGAGGUGCUUACUAAGGAAUUUUACAGUCUUCAGUCUUCCAGUGAAACACGCAUUAUUGAACUUCAAACACAGAAUUCUGAGUUUCAAGCAAGGCUAGAUACUUAUGAAAAACUUGAAAAAGAGCUUGAUGAGAUAAUAUUGCAGACAGCAGAAAUGGAAAAUGAAGUAGAAGCUGAAAGGGUUCUCUUCUCGUAUGGGUAUGGUGCUAAUGUUCCUACAACAGCCAAAAGACGACUAAAGCAAAGUGUUCACUUGGCAAGGAGGUUACUGCAGCUAGAAAAGCAAAACUCGUUGCUUGUAAAAGAUCUGGAACAUCAGAAGGAACAAGUAACACAGAUUUCACAAGAGCUUGACAGAGCAAAUUCUUUGUUGAGUCAAGUACAACAGCCGUACAAAUACCUCAUUGAAACCGUGCAACAGAGAGAUUCUCAAAUAAGUCUACAGAAAGAACAUAUUACACAACUUGAAAAAGAUAUCAGUCUUUUAAAUAAAGAAAAGACAGCUUUGCUGCGUGUCAAGAAUCAAAUGGCAGCAGAUUUGGAGAGACUUCUAAAUCACCGUGAGGAACUAGCCACAAUGAAACAGAUUCUAAUUAGUCUACAUGGUAAACAAAAUUUACCUCCAUCUCAUAUUGAUGUAAAAAGUGUAACUGCAAAAAACAAAUCAAACCCUUCAGUAAAACUGCUGCCAGAACAUGAAGAAGAAAAUGUAUUUACACCUAAGCCAACAUUAUUUACAAAUAAAGAGGCACCCGUAUGGUACAAGAAACUGCAGAAGAAAACAUCACCGUAG